CGUGGACCACCAUCCCACCCUGUUAACGCUAUUGGAUAGUGGGAGGUAGAAGAAUACGUUGAGUGAAUGGGGAGACCGAAAAAGAACUCAAAGCCCAACAAUGAGGGAGAAGGAUCAACAAAGCAGCCACCGGAUGAACAACAACCACAGGAACAACCCGUGAGGAAGAAAUCCAAAACUGUUGCACCAAAAUCUGCAGCGAAAUCUCGUGAAGCAGCUGGAUCAUCACAGCAGCCGCCGGAUGAACAACCACCAAAGGAACAACCCGGGAUGAAGAGAACGAAAAUGGUUGCAUCAAGAUCUCGUCAAGGAGAAGGAUCAAGGCAGCCGCCGCCUGCUAUUCCAGAAGUUGAGGAGGAAGAUGAGGAAGAAGAUGAU